AUGACGCACGAGAUUGACACUGUUUUGAGCACGCUUAGAUUAGAGGUAGAUCAAGAUCUUGCUGGACUUUUCUACGAAUUUGAAGAUCUUUAUGAGCAGAAAUUGUGGCACCAAUUGACAGAACGUUUGGACGUUUUCUUCCACGACGAAAGGUCAGAAUCUUACAGAUUGCGAGUUUAUGAGAACUUCGUAAGCAAAUUUCAAGACAAGGUAAAUCAAUUGAAAGUUGUCAAUUUCUUGCUUUUGUCGCUCAAGACCCUAGACGACUGCGACGAAGCAUUGGCAUACUUGAAAGGUCUUGAGAGCAAAUUCAAGGAAAUUGACGAAAGUAAGAAGAGGAACGACGGCUUGAAAUCGCACUACGAAGGUCUUUUGUUGAUCAACAUAGAGAUUGCAAGAAUUCUUUUGAGAAAGGGAGAAUUGGUGAAAAGCAGAGACUCGUUGGACGAGAUUGAGGCGACUCUUGAGAAGCAGGACUCAGUUCCGCUUCAAGUUACAAGUGCCUUCUACUCGGCAAGUGCUGAAUAUUAUCACCUAAAGAAAGAUUUCAAUUCCUUUUAUUACACGACACUGUUAUAUCUGUCUACCGCGGAAGCUAUAGAAAGUUGGAGGGACUUGUCUCAAGUUGAGAAAAAGCGAUUGGCGUACGAGCUAUGUAUAGCAGCAUUAUUGGGAGACAAGAUAUACAAUUUUGGCGAGCUUUUGCAUCAUCCUAUCAUUUCGAACAUUUCUGAAGACGUCGAAUACGAGUGGCUUUUCCAAUUCUUGAGCACUCUAUCAGAGGGAAACUUUACCAAAUUCGACGAACUUUCUCGUAACUUUUUCUCAAAAGUACCCAUACUGGCGCAGCACGAAUCAUUUCUAAGACAAAAAAUCUGUUUGAUGACCUUGGUGGAAAGCAUUUUCGCCAAGAAUAUCAGGACUCUGACUUUUGACGACAUUGCAGCUGCCACUUUCCUUCCUAAAGAUCAGGUGGAACAUUUGGUAAUGCGCAGUAUAAGCUUGGGUCUUCUGAAGGGAUCAAUUGAUCAGGUGAAUGAGCUUGUAACGAUUACGUGGGUGCAACCCAGAAUCAUCAAUGCUUCUCAGAUCAAUAAGAUGAAGGAAAGACUAAUGAGCUGGAACCAAGAAGUUGAGCAAUUAGGGCGAAAAAUUGAAGCUCGUGGAGAGAGCAUUUGGGUUUAG